AUGUCAGAUUACGUAUACGGAAAUGAAAACAACCAUUGGAACCUUUUCCAUCGUAAAUACGAGGAUAUGCGAAUCCGCGAUGGCUUCUUGAAAUAUUUAAGAAAAUUCGCUAAUAAUUUUAUGAACAAGCCUCUAAAGAAGUACAAGGGAUUGAAACGCUUAGUUGAAAGUUCGCCAUUUCCGAAUUUCGCUUUGCAUGUUUUGUAUACGCCUCGGAUGAUCGAGAAUUUGGUGGCCAUCUUAAAACAAGGCCACGUGAUUCGAAAAAAACAUGUCGUACACGCCAUCAGAAUUUUAUUUGUCCUGCUGAAAGAACCACAUCCCAGAAGUUUGUUAUUAAAAGAUGAUAUUCCUUCGAUUUUAUUACCAUUGCUGGAGGUCGAGUUAAUAGAUGAUGAUGUUAAGAAAGCCACCCUCAGACUCUUUAGGUUACUAGCUAUAAAUAAAGACCCAGAAACCGCUGAGUACAUAACCAAUACACACGCAAUAUGGGCUUGUUUAAAGAUCGUACAUUACAGCGGCAAUUUGAACAUGUACGCUAUACAGAUAGUUAAAGGCAUAUUAUCAACAGAACAAGGUUUAAAUUACGUAUCCCAAAAUAACAUCAAUAUGAGAAUUGUAUUGCAUUCUUUAAGACAGGCAGUGGAUACUAUGGAACUCAAUGAAACAAACGCAGACGUUUUGGAGAAAAUCAUUAUUAGCUAUUGGUUUUUAAACAAAAGCCAUCUUUCAUGGGAUUUAUUGGAAGAGUACUGUCCAGAAAGAUUCCUUAAUGGAAAUUUACAGGAGUUUUUCGAUUUUAAUCCUGACUGCAAGAGAUUCGUAGAGUUUGUUUUUGUAAGAGUAACCUAUUUGUUACUUUAA